AUGAAAUACUUGGACCCAGGUCAGUAUUUGUUAUCACCAACACCAUCCAAUGAAGAGCAGAUACAAGAAGAGAGCUUCAGAAAUGGAUUUUCAAAGGUAAUGGCUGCCCUUUCGGGAAGGAAGCUGAGGAGAGGCGAAGAAUCCUCCGAAGCUCCAGAAGUUAAUCACUUGAGCCAGUCUGUGCUCCCGCCUCCAUUCUCCAAAAAUCACCAUCUGCAGCUUAUUCUGGAAUUUAGACAAGAGGAAACAAUCCCUGAGGACUCGGAUAUGGAAACUGACACGGAAAGGGAUCUUGAAAUCAAUGUUGAGAGAAGUGUCUCUCCUGAAACAAGCUCAUCGGAUUUCUCGACUUUACUCUCUCUUCCAUUGGAAAUCUUGCAUUAUAUUAUUGAGCUUGUUUACUAUGAUAACAAUACUGCCUCGAUCUCUUCGAAUUUAGAGAACUUUUCCAAGACCAUGCCCUUACUCUCCAAAACAAUGAAUGCAUUGUCCUUAAGAUUUUUGUACAAGUACGCAAUCUUCAACAGACCACAUUCAUUUGACAAAUUUUUACACAACUUGAUCUCCAACCCAGAUCUCGGUUAUUAUGUGGAAUUUAUGGAUUUCCAACAAUUCACGUCUAUUGGAUUGGGCAGAACUGGAAGAAUGAAUCAAGAAAUUCAAAUGGUGACAUCUGAUACAAUCUUCACAGCCUUGUCCUUGACCCCAAAUUUAUUGGAAUUUUUGUCCUCAGAGAACAUUCAAGAUGAUAUGGAUGUCAGGGUAUUAGACUGCCUUUUCAAUAGACUCAAAAAGCUCGAAGCUAUUGAUUUUUGUGGUGCCAGUAGUGAACAAUUUGCACGAGCAUUCCAAGAAUUGGUCAUCACCACAGGAGAUGAGAAGGUGAGACCUACGUCGUCCACUUCAUUGAGUUCGCUGAACAGAGGCAUUUCUUCGACUUUCUCAUCUUCGUCUACAUUGAAUCGUCAUAAUUUCAGUCAAUCGCAACCUUCAUUGGGACAUCUUUUCAAAAUUUCGUUCCACGAUUGCUCAAACUUAGUUCCGGAAACCUAUUCUAAAAUAUUGCCACAUUUGGUGAAUUUGCGUCGUUUAGAUCUUAAUCAUACAUCUAUUACUUCUGCUUUACUCAAUCAAUAUAUGCCAACCACUGCAAGAUUAACUCAUUUAUCGUUGGCAAGAUGUUCCAAGCUCACCACUAGAGAUUUAAUCCAAUAUUUAACUCAGCACCCUAGUGUAGCCAGCGGACUGUUAAAGUGGCUUUCAUUGCAAACUGAUUCAAAUGUCGUUUCUCCAUUAAGUGAUACAUACCUAUUAUUUACGCUUCGUAACUUGAAUGCGCCGGAUCUCAGAUUUAUUAAUUUGGGUGGGUUGCCUGUUGAUAAGAAACAUUUGCAAAUUAUCAGACAAAGAUUCCCUAAUUUGAGAUCAUUGGCAAUUCUGCAUGCACCCGGAGUUGACAUUAAUGAUGUUAAUGAAUUUCUUCAUAACAAUGCCAAUAUCAGGUAUAUUGACUUAACAGGCUGUAAAAGAAUUACUAGAGCUGAUAUUCCCAGUAUUCUUAGAAAUUGCUUCUAUUCGGCUGAAAAGUUAAUAGCAAUUGAAUUUGAUUACAAGCUCUUGAUGGACUUGACGGCCGGAGACUACAUCAAAAUCAGUCCCCAACAACAAUCGUUUUUAGAUCCUCCUGUAGCACCUCAGAUAUGGAAAUUUUAUGAUAAUGAGGGCAGAAGAUCAUGGAUUUAUCAAGUUGAGUCGACAGACCCAUUUUACAAAUCAAUUAUUAAUAGUAAUGGGUCCUACCUGGCAAGAAAUUCGUCAAUUCUGAAUUUAACAUAUUAUGAUAUAGAAACUGGUAAGAAGAUCACUCAAAAGUAUAAGAAACCUGACUUUUUGAAGUAUGUUUCGAGGAAAAUUUGUUGUUCCAUAGGAUAUCAUAGAUUGGAUGAUUCCAAGAAGAAGAGCUAUAUUGCAGGAAAGUUAGAAGAGAGUGUUUGGCCCGCAGAGUUCAGUCAGAGAGGUAUUUACAAUUACUACUCUUUGAACGUGAAAUAA